AGUAAAUAAUUGUUCUUGUACUGUAUCAGUUAAGAACGGACAAGGAUUUGUAGGAGUGUAUAUCAAACGACUUAACUUCCUUGCAGACAAGCCAUUGUGUGGAAUGGACAUAGAUGUGUAUCAACAUGGACCAAACGAAACCGUUCUACUUAAUCCAAUACCUACUAGAUGUAACAGUACAAAGAAAGAUAAAGGUCUUUCCCUUUUGGAAUACGAACAACUACAGUUCGUAUCCAGAGUAGUAGGAGGAAUGUUUUCUUUUGGAUACUGCAUACAGAUAGGAAUAGUACAUAAGCAAAACGUUAAGGAUAACAUUUAUUUAGAGAUAGCAUGUGAAAAUCAGACAAUUACGACACAUACAGAUACACCAACCUAUCCACAGACAACGAUCAACGAUGUCAUUACUUCAUCACAAAUUAUAUCGACAUUGUCAACUACUAUGUCCAUGAGUGAUCAAUCCCAAAUACAUGACGAGACUGAUGUUGAAGGUGACAAUACACUUUACAUAGCCGAGGGAGCAGGUGGUGGGUUUGUUCUGUGUGUUUUAGUUGUAGUUGUCAUCUUAUUAUGCAAAAGGAGAAAGUCGCAUCAUUCUCGCAAAAAGGAUAGCAAUGCAAACUGCACAGCUAACUCUAUCGCCGCUGAUGACGAUGAAGACGAUGGUCUAAAAUACAAUAUGCUUUAUGUCUCAUCCGAACGACACGACGAUAUUGAUGUUAAUUAUUCUACUGCUGAUGGAGAUACACCUAGGCAUAUAAGUUGUGAAGAUGAGGGUUGUUAUAGUUCAGUUGACGAUACCAAAAUUAUUCAAAAUUCAAAUUCAUAUACUCACGAAGUAACUAAUACUGCUUUUGAAUUCAGUGAAGAUAACAGCGUUGAACAUAAGAAUGCCCCUAUCGAAAGGGGUUGUGUAUAUGCAGUUGUAGACAAAAGUCACAAAACUAAUAGUUCUGUCAAAAAUAUAGAAAACGCUUCUUCAAGUGCAACUUAUGCCGUUGUAGACAAAAACAUAAUGAGACAUCAACAAGAAGGGAAUACAUAA